GAUGUAGUAGUAAACCUGUGUAAUAAAAAAUAUAAAGCAGAUACUUAUUUUAUAAUUACUUAUUGGAAAUCAACAGGUAAAUAUGCUAGAUGAGAAAUUUUUCAUAAACGCAGUUCUUCAACUCCACCGAUUUGUAUCUACCCUUUCCUCGAGGUUCUUAACCAUUUCUGCGCUUGCAGUCUAUCUGUAUGCACUGGGGGUACUACUAUCGGCAGUGAUAAUUUUAUUUGCCAUACGGUGGCGUUACGAAAUGGGAAUAAUAAGAAGAGAAUUUGUGGAGGAUGAGAUGGACUCUUUGGAAGUUGAAAUGCCUGUAUAUGAAAAUUUACGAAUGACUAAUUAUCAGAAAUUAAUUAGUGAAGAUAUAUCAGACGAGGAAUUUGAAAGUAGCGAUAGAGAUUAUGAUAAUGUUUAAUAGAGAAAGUAAGAAUUCAAAAUAAUUUCAAUGUUACCACUCUGGAAUGUGGAUAACUGUUUUAAAAUUUAGAGAUAAAUGUUUUAAUUUAAAUAUUCUAGUUAAGUCCAAAAUUUUUAUAGCCUAAUGAACAUUUUUGCUGAGCUUUAAAGGUAUUAAGCCAAUUGAAAUUAAUUCACAGUUUUCCUAAAUCGUCGUAAUCAUUUUAGUGCAGAAAAAAUAGGUAGGUGGAUGAAUUUUGCAUUGGUCUUUGGUUAAAGUGAUAUAACUAUUAUGUAUAAGAAUAAAGGAUGAUUUUCUCUAAAGAUUUGCAUUAUAGAGGUGAUUCAGUUAUAAUGUCAUUAAUUUUAAUCACGCAGUCGAAAGGUCUAAUAAAGACAGAAAAUCGAGAAAAAAAAAUUCCUCGACGUUUAAAAAAAAAUUACCCCUUAACUUUUGUUAAGUUGGCGCCCUACUUUGCAUUACAUUUGCUGACUGGGAACGAGCCAGCACACCACAGAGCGUCCGAACAUUGAAGAGAAACAGCUGAUUUCCCCAGUCGUCUUCAAAACCAAAGUGCAGCGUAUCCCAACUUCACAAAGUGUUAUGGACGAAUGAGUGAGUGUUUUUUCUUAGCAGUACUGUCAUUUUAGAUUGGUAGGUACCAUACUACUCUUUGAAAAGCAAUAACUCACAAAAUAGGGUAUACGCACUACAAACUAAAUAAUUAAUUGAACACAAUAUGUACUAAAAACUCAUAAUCAAAUAUAAAACAUAGUAAAAUGUUAACAAUAUUAGAAAUAUUAAAUAAACUACCGUUCGGAAACAAUUAUUGUCCUUAAAAAUAAAUAAUAUUUAUUAAUAUUUAAAAAAAAGAUCUUAUUCAUUCACGUGUCUCUAAAAAGGUCUGUUUUGUCAAUCACUAUUAAAAACACAGUAAAAGUUAGGUUAGUGACCGAAUACGGUAGGUCAAGAUUCACUCUCGAUAAACCUUUGUAGAAGCGGUCUAAAGAGGGGUUCAAAAAAGAAUUGAAAAUAUUUUUUUUCAGCGUGAAUCGGUACGCAUUUUAUAAAUCGUUUAAUCGCUCAUUUUUUCCUACCCUCACUUAAAAUUGAUGAUAUGACCGAAUCACCCUGUAUACUAAUUUCAAUAUACCAGGUAGGUGUUUCUUCAGUUAUUUUUUAUUUCAAUCAAAACAAACAGCAUGACUUUUAUGCUAGGUACUUUAUUUGCAUACCUAAAUAUUUGGUAUAAUAGAGCAUAGACCUUCAUUUGACGAAGAAAAUUUCAGGAAAAUUUUUAGAAUUAAUUUGAAUUAGCUUAGUCCUUUUAAAGCACAUAUAUUCUUUAUGAAUUCUGGGGUAUUCAACAGAUAUCAUUCCACUUACCUCAUUGUACAAAAGACUGAUUGUAAUUAAGAAUAAAUUAUACUGCCUGUGAUUAUUUAA